CUCUUUCGACUGAGAGUACACACAGCCAUCUUGGAUCUAACGAAGCGAAGUGAAAUUGAUGCGGUGACAAAAGGCAUGUUUGGUGCUAGAAAGAAAUUUCCAGAGUUCGUCGAAGUAGUCGAUAACGACUUCACUGAUGAAAACAUGUACUACAACCAGAAUUCGAUGUUCCCACAUCGACCGGAGAAAGACAUGCUGUCCUCGCCGUCGCCAUCGUCGUCUGGUCAGCUGUCGCAGCUCGGCGCGAGUUUAUACGGCCCACAAAGUGCAAUCGGCUUCCCGGUGAGGGGCAUGGGGAACAGUACGCCUCAGCUAAACCGAAAUCUAACACAAGGCACGCAGCUACCAAGUCAUAUCACCCCGACAACGGGUGUCCCCACCAUGUCCCUCCAUACCCCGCCGUCGCCGAGCAGGGGGACAUUACCGAUGAAUUCGAGGAACAUGCUGAACCAUUCUCAGGUCGGUCAAGGCAUUGGAAUGAGCGGCAGGACCAAUAGUAUGGGCAGCUCAGGGCUGGGAAGCCCCAACCGGAGCUCGCCCAGCAUCAUCUGUAUGCCCAAACAGCAGCCGGCACGCCAGCCCUUCACCAUCAACAGCAUGUCGGGAUUUGGAAUGAACCGCAAUCAGGCUUUCGGGAUGAACAACUCGUUAUCGAGCAACAUCUUUAACGGCACAGACGGGAGUGAAAAUGUAACAGGACUAGAUCUGUCAGACUUCCCUGCAUUAGCAGACAGGAGUCGGAGAGAAGGGACCGGAAACCCGACACCGGUGCUCAACCCGCUGACCGGACGGGCACCUUACGUUGGCAUGGUGACAAAGCCAUCCACGGAACAGACACAGGAUUUCUCCAUCCAUAACGAGGACUUCCCUGCGCUGCCUGGGCCAAAUUAUAAGGACCCCUCGUUGAACAACGACGACAAUAAAACUAACUUGAACUCCACAAGUAAGAACACAUCCAGCACAGAUGGGCCAAAGUUCCCUGGAGACAAGACGGCCUCAGCACAGAACAACAACCAGAAGAAAGGGAUCCAGGUGUUGCCCGAUGGUCGGGUGACAAACAUUCCCUCAGGGAUGGUGACGGACCAAUUUGGCAUGAUUGGUCUACUGACGUUUAUCAGGGCCGCAGAGACUGAUCCAGGGAUGGUCCACCUGGCACUGGGAAGUGACCUCACCACACUGGGACUCAACUUAAAUUCACCAGAAAACUUGUACCCUAAGUUCGCGUCUCCUUGGGCCUCAGCACCAUGUCGACCUCAAGACAUCGACUUCCACGUUCCAUCAGAGUAUUUAACCAAUAUUCACAUAAGGGACAAAUUGGCUGCCAUCAAAUUGGCCCGAUAUGGGGAAGACCUGUUGUUCUACCUGUACUACAUGAACGGUGGGGAUCUGCUACAGAUUCUGGCUGCAGUAGAGCUCUUUAACCGGGACUGGAGGUACCACAAAGAGGAGCGGGUGUGGAUAACAAGAGCACCCGGCAUGGAGCCCACACUCAAGACCAACACCUACGAGAGAGGCACCUACUACUUUUUCGAUUGUCUUAACUGGAGGAAAGUAGCAAAGGAAUUCCAUCUGGAAUAUGACAAGCUGGAAGAGAGGCCUCACGUGCCAACGACCUUCAACUACAAUCCAGCCCAGCAGGCCUUCUAAGGCCCAACCAGUCCAAAGGCUGCAGCUGUCCCUGCACACAGCACUGUUGUCCACCAGGGGCGCUGUGGCACACACAGCUUGGUUUUUAUUCCUGGAGGAUUUGGCUCUUUGACUGCAGGGGUCCUUGUCAACUUUAAAACUGUCCUGCCUUUCCGAAUUUACAUGCUGCCCAAAACACCAACACUUGUUCCGUUUUUAUUCUUUUUGUUCCUUUGUUCCUCGUUUUUUUUUGUUUUUUUGGUCUUGUUUAGAGCAAGGUCUGUGUUAUGUUUACGUCUCUGAAUCUGAUGCCUGUUUUCUCCCAGGCUGACCUUGUGGCACAGUGACAGAACAAAAGUUCCACCACAUAUUUACAGCAAGUGUUAAGAACACGAAAAAGGCGGAAAAAGCUAAGUUAACAUCCUCGGACACAAGUGAAGGGGUGAAAGAAAUGCAAUGUUUAUUGUUGCACUAUAUUUAGUAAUAAAAGAACACAAAAUUUGUUUGUGCUUUUUUUAUGUGAACACUCCUUUAUGGUUUCUUUUUUCCCUUUUUAAAGUAAUCUAAGUUUUGGGUCAGAAAGCUCUGGUAACUUUCACGCAAUUCCAUUUCAUCUUCAUUUUUUCUUCCAUUUAGAUCCGUUCCUCAAAGUCCUGGAUUUGCACUAACAGCUUUUUUUUGUUUUUUUUUCCGUGUCCCUCCGUCUCUGUAACUUCCUUACCAGCCAAACAUGGAUACAAAUCUGGGAGACUACUUUGGUUUCCACAAAUGUGGAUAAAUCCUCACAGACGCUCAACAGCUACACAACUUUGCUCCAGAGCAAACAAAACACUUUCCAGUCUUUGUUACGACUUUGUAAGAAAUGUGUACAUUUUUUUCUUUGCAUCACAUAAUUUAGUAUAUGUAUGUACGAAUGUGUAUAUAUGAUUGCUAUAUAUAUAUAUAUAUAUAUAUAUACAUAUAUGUAGGUAUAUAUAUAUUUCAUCUAUUUUGGAAGAAACUUUGCCCUGCCUUGUACCUCAUUUUUUUUAUGAGGCGAGCAUGGAUAAAGAUAUGUGGAUGUAACAAAUUUCCUGGAUCUGCUGGUCAGGGUGUCAUACGACACUAUGGGCACCUACAUCAACAUAAUUCAAAUAAAAUGUCAUUAAAGGAAAGGCCUGAUUCCCAGCCUCCAAAGGAGAGAAAAAAAAGAAGUAAAUGUGAUCAUCUCCAGGGUUUCGAAUCCAAAGCAAAAGAAGGGAUUUAAUUUCACUUCUGGCUAUUUGAACUGCAGACAACAGCAGCAUUUCAUAGGAAACGGAAAACUGGCAACAGAGAAAAAAAAAAUCCAGACCAAUCUUGUAUUUUUUGAAGUUUAAAGCUUCUUUUCUUUGUAUUAAAGGAGAAAA